AUGGAAUCUCAGGCCGAGGGAAUCCAAACCGAGGAUCGUGAUGAAAAGCUGCAUGGGACAAGCGAUAAUUAUUUACAUACUAAUAGAAACAUCAUGAAACAAAAUCAGGAUGAAUUAUUACAUUCCGAUGGAAAGAAACCCUCUCCACUAGAACAAGAAGUCGCCGUGCAUGAUAGCGCGCGACCGCGUCCUCUAUGUACGCUGAGCUCCGAAAAAGUGGUAUCAUCGCGAUCUGGAAGUACCAGAGGAAGACAACGGGAAAGUAGCCUACCAAAAAACAUAAAUAGAGAGCACAAUUCGUCACGCACUGGCAGUGGAAGAACCCCUUCUGGCCACAUGCGGCUCUGCAAGAAAUGUGGUGAGGCAUUGACUGGGCAAUUUGUUCGUGCUCUGGGUGGUACAUUUCAUCUAGAUUGCUUUCGGUGUCGGGAUUGCAGUCAAAUAGUAGCAUCUAAGUUUUUCCCAGUUGAUGAAGAGAAUGGUGGGGGCCAGUAUCCCUUAUGCGAGACAGAUUACUUUCGAAGAUUAGAUCUAAUUUGCUAUAAGUGCAAGGGUGCACUUCGAGGCUCUUACAUUACUGCACUAGAUAAAAAGUAUCACAUUGACCAUUUUACUUGCUCUGUUUGCCCAACCGCUUUCGGCGCACAGGAUAGCUAUUAUGAGCAUUCAGGGCAGGUAUACUGUCAUUAUCACUACUCGACACACUUUGCUCAACGCUGUAAUGGUUGUUGUACUGCUAUUUUGAAACAAUUUGUAGAGAUAUUUCGGAAUGGCCAAAACCAGCACUGGCAUCCCGAGUGCUAUAUGAUACAUAAAUUCUGGAACGUGAGAUUGGCGGCUGGAUCGCCUCCAGACCCUAAGGAAGAGGAGCCUCAUGAUUUUGAUUAUGAUGCAUCUGGCGAAGAAGGGCGAAAAGAUAUUAGGAUCGAAGAGGAGAAGAUGGAGAAGAAAGUUUACAGGAUAUGGAGUGUUCUCUCAACUUUUGAAGAAUCUUCCGCUGCCUGCAUAUCAGACAUGUUGCUGCAUGUUAGUAAUGGUGCUUAUGUUGAUGGGGUCUUGGUAGCCAAAAAGUUUAUUUGGCACGUUGAUAUUCUUUUUCUCUCUGCAGAUAGGCUAGAUGCAACUAUGGCCAAAGUUGGGCCAAAAGGCCUCUCUUAUACUCGAGAAGCAAAGUUACUCUGUAAGAAAAUUGUGGCUUUCUUUUCCCUGCUCUCUAAAACGCAAGAGACAGGCGUUCGAAAACUCGGUGUCACCCAAGAACUAUUGGCCUUAGUCACUGGCUUAGCUCAUUAUCUGAAGCUACUGAUCAGAAUAUGCCUUCAGGGUGCUCUCAAGGUUGAACGAGAGCAGAAUUUUACAGAUGGGCUAUACAAGUUCCUCGAUGAUCUGAGCGAUAUGGAAGUUAUCAAAAAUGAAGAAACAUCUUUGGAUACCUCAAUAGAGUCGCCUGAGCUUUGUGUACCUUAUACAGACUGCUGUGCAAGCUGCAAGAAAUCUAUUGACGAUGAAUGCUGUCACUGUGAAGGACAAAGAUGGCAUCUAUCUUGCCUUCAGUGCUCAGCUUGUUCAAAGGAUCUUGGCCAGGACCUCGAAAAUUCAAGAUUUGGGAAGGUAGGCCAACGGGUUUACUGCACUAAAUGUGAGACUGGAGGAUCCAAUGGGCUCAUUGGAGGGUUCGAACGAGUGACUAGACUACAGCAAUACGUAUACUUAUUACGAGUUGCGCUGGCAAGAUUAUUAAAAAUAUUGCGCGCCACUGGUUCUCUUCCACAGACUUCAGAUGACACAAAUUUGAAUGGCUCUAAUGCUGGCGAAGGUCGCCGAACUCAACCGACCGCUGAUCCAACUCUUUUACAUUCAGACAUGCGCUCAAAGUCGCAUGCGGGAGAUGCGAUGCAACAAAAAGUAUCAUCUUCCUAUGAAAAAACACUGAACGAUGUUCGGCGUUUAAGAAGCACGCGUAUGGACCAAAGACUUUCGUCAACUAUCCGGAAGGGUAAAACUUCACGUAUCACAGAGAGCUCGGACAGUCGGAAUUCAAGCGAACCUACAGCUGAUGGCUCAAAUGACAACAUUACAGGCUUUCAGGUUAACGGAGAGCGUGACAGUAAUGGUGUUUCACGGACAGAACUUUUGUUCGGUCACCAAGAUGCUCUGACCCUUGAUGAUAUUCCUAGAAUCGUCGCGGCAGAACAAGCAAAGGAACAAAGACCGAACGCAUACAAGCAUGCAAGACAUGAUCCUUUCCGCACAUUGGUAACAGAGCCAAAGUUAAUCGAUGUCCAUCAGCGAAACUUCUCUAGUGCAAAUGGUCUUUACCAAAAGACUUCAGGUGAACCUUCUCCCCAAAAGCGCGAUGGCGGUAAACGAUAUUUCUCCGAACUAUCUGCAUUGGAGUAUUUCAUUGUACGUCAUGUAGCAGUUAUUGCUAUGCAGCCUAUGCUCGAGGGCCACUUUACAAUGGAAGAGCUACUAAACCUUAUUGAAACGAGAAAGCCAACCUUUUGGAAUAAAAUGGGAAAAGCUUUCAAGAAUGAUGGAAAAAAGAGUAGUAAGAAAAAAGGAGUUUUUGGUGUACCAUUGGAGAUCAUUAUUGAACGUGAUGGUGCAGACUCGACUGACGGCAUCGGACCAGGAGCAUUGAGGAUACCAGCAAUCGUCGAUGAUGCUGUCACAACAAUGCGUAAGAUGGACCUCUCUGUCGAAGGGGUUUUCCGCAAAAACGGUAACAUAAAGAGACUCAACGAAACCACUGCUAUCAUCGAUAAAGAUGGCUGUGAUGCAGUAGAUUUUUCCAAGGAAAGUGUCGUGCAGAUUGCCGCACUACUGAAGAAAUAUUUACGUGAGCUACCUGAUCCACUCUUAACCUUCAAAUUACACCGACUCUUCAUCGCCUCUCACAAAGUCGUUGAUGAAGAAAAGCGUCGUCGUAUAUUACACUUAACCUGUUGUCUCUUGCCAAAGGCUCAUCGUGACUGUCUGGAAAUUCUUUGCUCAUUUCUCAACUGGGUGGCUUCUUUUCAUCAAGUUGAUGAAGAAUCUGGCUCCAAGAUGGAUACGCAUAAUCUAGCUACCGUUAUUGCCCCUAAUAUUCUCUUGACCAAUGCAAAGACACCCGUAGACGACAAUUUUUUGGCUAUCGAAGUAGUACACUCGCUUAUUGAAUGCAAUGAGCAAAUGUGUGAGGUUCCUGAAGACCUCCAAUCGAUCUUAAAUGAUCCAACGCUUUUCAAUAAUCCAAGUGAUAUAACUACCAAAGAAAUACUGAAGAGAUAUGGUGAUAUUGGCUCUCAGGCGAUUCGCAAUCAAAUGGAACCCGAAUUUACCAGACCAAAGGAGAAUGGCAGAGCACUAGCUCCUAUUGUCACUCGUGUUGAUGCCGACCCAUCACAGGCGCAUGCUCGCCAUAAAGAGAUUAGUGUUCGCCACGUACAAGAGCUAUCUGCGAAUAAUGGAAUUACCGUGAGCCAAAAUACAACUCCUCAGCAACCAGAAUGGCAAGGUGAAGAUCUAGGUCAACCUUCGCCGUACUGCCAUCGAACUGGAACACCUGAUAGCCAACAUGAAAAUCUACGAAACGAUUACGGACACCCAGGAUGGGAAAACCCGACGAAUAGUUCCGUCGGGGUUACCGGAGCAGGCUGA